GAGUAGUGCCUGUGUCUGUGGCGUUACUCUCUUGACAAACCAAACCAAAUCGACUUUCUAUUCAACACAGCAGCGAGAUGAGCUGAGCGACACUCUCUACCAAUAUCCCGGCGUUUCUUUAACAUUAUAUUGAAACAGACCAAGAAAUAUAUGAAUAUAUCGAAUACGCACAUUUUGGGUUGUUUUGAUACCCGAUAGUUUUGGUGACCCACAGUUCAUCUGUGAACAAAUGUGGGUUUUUGCACGUGUCAUAGCAGGUUGUUUGAUGCGCGCUGGAUGGAUGGAGAAGUUAGUCACCGGCGGAGCUUGUUAACUUGUUGCGCGGUGAUGCAAGUGUCCACUUGCGCAAGAGAAUGAUUCACGAGCUCGUUAUUACUCUAUGCGUUUUUAUAUAUCUGGUGUUUGAUUGACAUAUGUUGAUUUAGGAUGGACGACAAGGACUCGACAACGGAACGAUAUUUAUUCUCAGUAUGCGCUUUUAACGUAAAUUGGAGCUCCGUGCUAUCCAAGAACGCGUAAGAAGUGUUACAUGUAGACGUUCUUGGGUUUCGCAUGUUCCAGUUCGUACACUUUUAAUAAAGUAAAAUCAUCUGGACUUCGUUACCGACUAUUAGCCGUUGAGAUGUCGGAGUCUUAUGAGGACGGGGUGUGUGGCGAUGGAGCUCCUGACUUCAUCCCACCGAGAGCGCUUCGAUCAGGCCGGCGGAGUGGAGUCAGUGUACCGCUGAUGGAGCGCGAUGAGACGGCUAUCCUGGAGUCAGUGAAAGCGGCACCGAGGAGGAGCAGCAUCAUUAAGGACCCUUCAGUGGCUAAGAUCAGCGGCAGUCGGAAGAAAACUGUCUCCUUCAGUAGUAUGCCAUCAGAAAAGAAGGUGAGCAGCGCCGCAGAUUGCCUGGCCUUCAUGCAGGGUGGCUGCGAGCUAAAAAAGGUGCGACCCAACUCGCGCAUCUACUCGCGAUUCUACACCCUAGACCCUGAGCUGGCUUGCCUCCGCUGGGAGCCCUCCAAAAAAGACGGUGAACGAGCACGACUUGACAUUUCUGCCAUCCGCGAGGUCCGCACUGGAAAAAGCACAGAAACCUUUCUCCAUAACGGCCCUUUGGAUCAUCUGGCUGAGGAAGCGGCCUUCUCCAUCAUUCAUGGUGAUGAGUAUCAGUCCCUGGACCUGGUUGCCCUCUCUGCCGACGUGGCCAACAUCUGGGUGACGGGAUUGCGAUACUUGUUGUCCCACCCUGGUGCCAUUGGAGGAGGAAGUGGAGGAGAUGGAGGGAUGGGUGAAGGUAGUGUUGGUAGCAGAAUGCGGCAGAGCUGGUUGGCGAUGGAGUUUGCUCUGGUUGAUGAAGACGGACAUGGAAUUGUAACUGAAGACACGGCCGUAGCCACCAUUUGCAAGCUCUGUCCUGGCAUUAGGGAAGGAAAGGUACGUUUGCGCUUUAAGGAGAUUCAGAGGAGCAAAGAGAAGCUAACUUCUCAUGUUACGCUGGAGGAGUUCCAGGAGGCCUUCUGCGAGUUGUGCACAAGACCUGAUGUUUAUUUCCUGCUAGUGCAACUCUCCAAAGACCGAGAGUGCCUUGACGCCCAGGACCUGCGUCUGUUCCUGGAGACAGAGCAAGGUCUGUCAUUGGCAACCACUGAGGGGUGCUUGGAGCUGAUUCGGCGGUUUGAGCCUUCUCAAGAGGGACGUGAACGAGGUUUUCUGGGCUUGGAUGGUUUUACUCGCUAUCUACAGUCAGCCGAGUGUCGGUUGUUAGACCCUGAGCACCAACAUGUGUGUCAAGACAUGAAGAUGCCCCUAUCUCAUUACUACAUCAGUGCCUCCUACCGGUCUUACUUACUGGAUGAUCAAGUGCAUGGCCGAGCUGAUCUUGGGGGUCUCAUUAGAGCCCUGCAAGUUGGUUGUCGAUGUCUGGAGCUGGGGGUUACCGAUGGUCCAGAAGGAGAGCCACUACUAGGUGUGGACCAUGGUACAAAUGGAAAACAUCACCAUCAUCAUCACCAUCAUGGUUAUGUUACCCUGCGAAGUGCCCUGGAGGUAGUGAACAAGUAUGCUUUUCUCACCUCCCAGUACCCUCUGCUGCUGUAUCUGUGCCAGCGUUGCUCACCCUCUCAACAGCGAACUCUCGCACAACACCUUAAGAAAGUGUUUGGACAGAAGCUCUAUACCCCCGAAUCUCUCCCUGUCAGUCUUGGAGGUCGUUCUACCACUUUACCCUCACCAGAGCAGCUGAAGGGUAAGGUGCUUCUUGUUGGAAAAAAGCUGCUUCCAGAAGAGGAAAGCUCAGAGGGAGAGGUUUCUGAGGAGGACGAGGAGAUCGGUGGUGGUGGUCCUCUGGCUGGCCGAAGAAUGACCAUUCCCGGGGAGGAAGAGCUAGGAGUGGUCCUUGUUGUUCCCCCACCUCCACAGCCAAGACGACUCAGGUUGCGCCGUGAGUUGUCCGAUCUGGUCGCAGUCGCUCGUACUGGAAGCCGUUGCUUUUAUGCUCACAGGGCAAGUACUCAGCCAUCCCAGCAGCAUUCUCCCCCUUCCACUCCCUCAACUCCAGGCACACCUAUUACUGUGGACCUUCCCUAUUGGAGCCUGUGCUCUCUUGGAGAAGGGGAGGCUGGACGAUUAGCUAGCGAGAGCCCAGAGGAGUUGGUGAGCUUUACCAAGCGCAACCUUACCCGUGUGAGACCCAGCUCUGUAAGACUUGACUCUAGCAAUCCAAACCCACAGGGUUAUUGGAAAGGUGGUGUGCAAUUGGUGGCACUUAACCAGCAGACACCAGGUGCCAUGCUAGACCUAACCCGUGGUCGUUUCAUGCAGAACGGAGGAUGCGGGUACGUGCUACGUCCUGCUGUCAUGCGGGAGGAGGUUUCUUACUUUAGUGCCCAGUCGCAAGGCUGUGUACCUGGUGUACCAGCACAAACUCUUAGGGUAAAGGUCAUUAGUGCCCAUAGCCUGCCCAAGCCACAGGGCUCUGGUGCUAAAGGAGAAGUCAUCGACCCUUAUGUGGUGCUGGAGCUUCAUGGUGUGCCUGCAGACUGUGCUGAGCAAAGAACUCGUACUGCUGCACAGAACCAGGAUGACCCACUGUUUGAUGAGACUUUUGAAUUCCAGGUCAACAUGCCCGAGUUAGCCCUGCUACGUUUCGUAGUCCUGGAUGAUGAUUAUAUCGGUGAUGACUUCAUUGGUCAGUACACCAUUGCUUUUGAAUGUCUGCAGCCUGGGUACCGCAACGUUCCCCUGUUGGGUCUUGCCGGAGACCCUUUGACCCACGCCAGCCUGUUUGUACACGUGGCUAUCACUAACCGCAGAGGUGGCGGUAAGGCCCAGAGACGGGGUCUGUCUGUCAGGAGAGGGGUACGCCGUGGACGAGAAUAUGUCACACUCCGUAAUACUGGCUUUAAAGCGCUGGAUGACACUUUUCGACCUGCUGGCGGACCUCUACGAGAGGCUACGGACCUUCGAGAAGAUGCAAUGAGUGCCACGGUGGCUUUUAAAGAACUGUGUGGGCUCCCCCCGGUGGCCACUUUGAAGCAGUGUAUCCAGAGCUUAGCCACCAGGCUGCAGAGUCCAGACGGGCCCCCGGGGGCCACGCUUACUCUGAAGGACGGUUACCCAUACCUGGAACCUGUGGGGAACUUGACAGACACCACGCGUAAACUGUUCAACGGUUAUGACACGAUGAUCUCUGCCAAUAAGCAGCUGAUUGAAAAUGCAGACGGAGUGCAGGAGAGAAUCGCACAAGUGCAAAAGGAAGGCAUGGUGUUUCAUGAAGAGCUGCCCAGGUUAGGGGAGAAGGAAAAUCUAAAAGGCCGUAAACAGAGUAAAGCUCUGGAAAGCUUCACCUGGAACAUCACUGUACUGAAGGGCCAGUGUGAUCUCCUGCGCAGUGCCAAGACAGAUGCUUUGGACACUUUGAGGCAGCUGGCAUUGGCCUGCGAGGCAUGUGGCCUGACAGUGACCUCGGAUGGACAGUACACCUCUCAUGGCCUGUCCAACAGACGCGGCAGUAACCAUGGCAAUGGCCGCAUCUGAGCCUGAAACACGCAGAUGGAGUAUUUAUUAAUAAAUGAAUGGAUGGUUUGUUGGACCAACAGCUGUUUAAGUGUCUCAGAUGGUCAGACACUGGUAAAGUACAUCUUAAAUGACAAGCACAGCAAUGGCCAGUAGAUGCGUUGUGAGGACAAAAAAGGAAUGUUCUUAUCAAAACGAACUAUGAAUGAAGGACGCAAGAAAAACUGAAGCAAAUUCCUCCACGAUUAAAAAAUUGACUGACGUCAAUUCGGAAUAACACAGAUUUUUACCAGAAUGAACAACAUUCCUGCAACCCUAAGACUGGACUUCGGUAGGAAACUCAUUGUUAGUUGCAGGCUAUACAGAGAAAAUGAAAAUUGUUUGAAUUCCACAUAAUUGUAAACAAAUUAAUUAUUCGAAAACUUACACACAUACCUGUAUGCCCCCCCAACCAGAUCACAAAAGUGUGAGGUUGUUUACUCAGGUUGGCAUGAACACAUCUCAAACUUCACUUUCAUGGUUCCACUAAGACCACCAUGUAAUUCUGCCUCGCCUUCAAGGCUUUAAUUCCCUUUAUGCCAUCAUUCAGAAUGAUUGACAACCCGUUGAGCCAUCAUACCCGGCGUGUUUGAGACGCCUCCAGUGCCUCUCCAUCGGAGGGAACCGUAUUCUUCCAUCUUCACUUACCUUUAGGGAAAUGUCAUGGAUCGUCUUCAACUCAUUAAAAAUGCAGAAGGAACACAAGAAGGCUUUGUUAAAACACCGCUCAGCCCUCCCUGACAGUUAACUGAGCCCGUUUCUCGUGUCCUGAAUGGGAUAACCAGCUCUGAUUACACCACCUAUCCUUGUAAUCCGUACAGAAGACUUUCCUGUAUAUCCGAUCAAGCACACAUGCCUGGGAUCGUUGAACAAAUGUUAACCAUUUUGAAUUACUGUUUAGGUCAAGAGAUCAGGUUCAUUUCCAACAUAGAUUCCUGGGCUUUCACAAAGGAUUUAAAUCUUUUACAUGGGAAUCCAAACGUUUCGAAACGUAAAAUGCUACAUAACAUGGAAAGUAAAAAUUACUGCCUGUAUUUUGAUCACAAACUAACAACUUUAAGCACUGAGAGGACUAAAAUGGAUCAAGAACAAAUUAAUGUAUUUGCAUUGUGUAACACUUGACAGUGUUGUGAUUGACCCAGAAGAUGGCAGUAUUGUGUCUACUGCUGUUAAAAACACUUACAUAGACUAGUUUUUAUCAUUGUUGAUGUUUGCACCAUUCCACAUGGUUACAGAAAUUAGAUAUGUGAGAUUGGAAAUACUAUAUAUAUAUAUAUUUGUUAAAUGAUAGAUAUAGAAGUGUGCAUAGAGUGGCACAUUGUGUAUGUGAACAUGUACUGUACGUGUGCAAGGGUGUUAAUGUAAAUGCAUGGGCGACAUUUCAAGGGUACAUGUUCUGAAUGUGACCAAUCUUUCCAUCGCCCAAAGUGUUCGGGGGAUUGUUUUUAAAUGAAAACUUAAUGUUAGUUGUCAAACUCUUUUGCUGAGUGAGUUAAACUUUUAUUUUUGAUGUAAAGACCAAAUUGUCUUUUCUAUAUAUAUAAAUAACAAAUAUGUGUGAAAAUCAAUAAUGAAUGAAAAAGACAGGGCAUUUAAUAUUUCACAACCCCUCCAUUCACAUUUUACUCUGCGUUCUGUACUCCUCUUUUGUGGUUAUAUACUUAUUCGACUUAUUUGAUUUUACUGUAGCUAGGAAUGCUAGGCUAUGUGACCAUUGAAUUAUCGUAGAUGUGUAAGCAAGCCUCCAAGGCAAGGUUUAGGGGGCUCUGAAUGCGACAGUCUUACAAGGGGUUGGCAUUAAACUGCCUGCCAUGUCACUCUCUCUGUGUGUGUGUGUGUGUGUACAGUAUGUGGAUGUACAUGUCUGAACAGAAUGUGUACUAACUCCAUAAGUGUUCCUUAAAUAACGAUACAUUUGCCGAAGACGGAAAACUCACAAAGGCCAUUUGGUGGUUAAGGGGACUUUAGAUGGCAUAGCUUUAAACUGCAUACUAAAGUAGAGUAUAGUUGUCCUCUUUGAGAUAAUACAAUCUGUGUGCAAGUGUGCGUGUCAUGUAACCUUGUUACUUCAGCCCUCGGACCUGCACCCAGAGCAUCUAUGUACCUGUAAGGGGGCCAAAAUUUAAAUAUAAAUACACAUUCCCAGUAUUAGUGUGACAUUGCAAUCGAGGUUCUUGAGUUGUGGCUUAUAGAGGUGAUGCAUUUCAAUUUUAGCAGGUACACUAUUUCAUGUCUGCAAUAAGGGUCAAUGACAAGCAAAAUGAGUCCCAUUGAGCUGCACUUUAAAUUAAUCAGAGCAAUCUAUCGAACCAGUCCAUUGAUUCCUGCAGUAUUAGGUUUAGUGGUCAACAUCUUAGACGGUGCAAUAUUACUCUGUUUUUUGACAUUAAACAUAAUGACUAGACUAAUGAGGAGCAUUAAUCCAGCUGUCUUGGUUUGCUGUUUUCUGCAUUUUUCUGUGUGUGGUUAUCGUCCUCAUGUUGUGUCUGCCUUUCCUCUAACUUUUAAAAUACAUUGUUUUGUUGCAUUCUUGUUAGCAAUUGUUGUCCUUGUAUAAACAGAGUAUUUAUUAAAGGUGACAAGCGUGCGUUAAACAGAGCAAGCUUUAAAGAAACAUUGCUUUUAUUUUGAAAUGUUGGUUUGUAUUUUAUAACAUUAUCAGGUUGAUGUAAAACAGAUGUGCCCUUGGACUAAAUAAAGCUAUCUUUUAAUGGCGCUUAUGUUA